AGUAGCAACAAGCUGAAUGAAAAACUAAUUUUCAUUGUUAUACACUAUACUCUAUUAAAUGCGAAAAACGGUAAUUACUACUCUAAUUUAGAGCACAAAAAACUUGAUUACUUGCUUUGUUUGCAGAUUUGUUAAAAGUAGUUGUUAUUUGUUCAGUAAACACAAUGGGUAUUUGUAUGGCCCCUUUCAAGUGUGUUCUUGUCAUUUUGAACGUUUUGUUUUGGUUUGCAGGUGCUUUCAUGCUCUAUGUUGGAAUCAAGUUUAUACAAGAUGACAACGGUUACAACCAAGUGGGGGGGAGACCUGCUGUCAUCUUACUCUGCUCAGCAUCUGUGCUAAUAGUUGGCGGUAUUAUUGGGUGUGUGGGUGCAAUGUGGGAGAAGAAGACUUGUCUUGGAUUGUUUCUAGUUUUCCUGGCUUCUGUACUAAUCGUCCAAGUAGCCGUAACAAGUCUUAUGUUCACCAACAAAAAAUCAAUGAAGUCAAACUUUGACGACUUUUUAUCCGAUCAAUUUGAUCUCUAUGGAGCAUCUGGUAACGACACAGUUGUUGUAAAUAAUAAAACAAUCAACCCAGUUGAAGGAAUCAAUGCUACAGAGUUUAUUGAUAACAUACAAACAGGGGUACAAUGCUGUGGUCUUCACAACUAUACAGACUGGGCUACCUUUCCUUGGGGAGAAAAUAAAACAGUGGUUCCAGUUUCGUGUUGCAAACCACAAAGUGAGACCAACACAACAUGCACUGGCAGCACUGCAGCUAAAGAUCUUCACCUGAUCUAUCAAACUGGUUGUGAAGCUGGAGUAAACAAAGCAUUUUAUUGGUUCUUUGAUUUCCUAACAUGGACUGCUCUUGGACUUGCCAUUCUAACGUUCCUCGGAUGUUGUAUUGUGGUUGGUUUGUUGUGCUACCAUCGCAACCAGCCCAUUGGUUAUUCCCAUAUCUCACCUGGAUACACCGAAGCAUAGAACGGACAAUAUGUUCAGUAUGUUUAUAUUUCUUUGUUUUCUUCGUGGUUGCCCUAAUCAAACUAAUGUUUUUGAAGCAAACCUGCAUAAAACAGGUACAAACUGGUUAAAAUUAGUAUAUAAAAAAAGAAAACUGGUAAAAUCAAGUUUAAACUAGUAAAAACUCGGUUCAAACUGGCUAAAACUAAAACAAGUUUAAAACCGGUACAAACCACCGAAAAACACUUCAAAUUGAAUAUUUUUUCAGCUUUAUUUUUAGGCAAACAUCUGAAAAUGUUUAUUAAACCAUAAAUUUCAAAUUAACAAAAAGUAAUAUGUAUAACAUUUAACUGUUUCAAAGUUCUUAAAGUGAAAAAUUCAGCCUAAAAAGUGUGUGUUAAUUUAUUGCAAUUAAUAUUGGGACUACAAUUUAAUUUAGGAAUCUUUUUUAAAGCGCUAACUUGCACAAAACACAUUAAAUACAUCAAGUAUACAACAUACUACCAACUCUUAAGUCUUAACCAAUGCAAAAUACACCACAUCCAAAACGUUGAUGUUAUUUGGAUAAUUUGAAUGCGGUAGCAAGAAACAUGCGAUAAUUAAUAAUUAUAUUUUGUUCAAUUAUAUCUCUUGUUGUUAUUUUUCUUUGUUGUAGUUUUUCAGUAGUAUACUUGCAAAAUAUUAAAAAACUACAACAUAACGACGUAUCUAUAUACAUACUAAUCAACAAACUUUUGGCAAGUUUUCUAACAUGCGAUGCAAGUACUAACAAAUUGUCUGAAACAACAUGCAUUUUGAUGGUUAUCAGUUCUGUGUAGUUAAUUCGUGCGCGCUUUUUUCUUACUGUAUGUUGUGUAUAUGUGCGUGUAUAAUAUGAAUAAAUAGCCGAGUGCUUUUCGAAACAAGA